GAGAUAACCAGGGUUUUUUUCCGAACGUACAAAAAAGUUAUUUUGAAUUAUUCCCCCUGAUGCAAAACAACGAUAGCCAGCAGACGCCGUCGAUGAUCGACAGAAGAAACCAAAACCUUUGACUUUGCUGUCUAUACCAGUAGAAUUUGGGAGAAAAAUAUUAUGGCCCGAAUGGAAACCGCUAAGUAUUGCGACUUUGUGGACAGUACCGGUGUCCUGGCUGAAGCCUGGGAGCCACAUUCAACAGCUAAGAAGCAAAGACUAGACAGCACAACAAAACAGUUAGACAUCUCCCUAUCCAACCAGGAAGACAAAAUACAUGAUCCUCAUGAUCUCGAAAGAGGCAAUGUAUGUAUCAGCAGCAACAGAUCAACAGAACUCAUUGAUCCCUAUUGUGAAGCAGUAGAGCAAACACCAAACCAGUACAAUUAUAACGAAAGUGACCCAGCUCCUGCUAACAUGAAUGAGGGCACCAGUGCCUGCAUGAGAAACUUUUCAGAAUUACUGCGUGAACUGGGACAGGAAUCAAGAAUGGUGAUACUUCAAUACUCUCAGACAUUUGGAGACAGUGAGGACUAUGAACAGCAAGCUUCUCAAGCACUGUCUGACCUCGAUGCACAUGCAAAAAUUUUGGACCAGAUGUUACAGUGUCAAAAAGAUAGCCUUUGCGGUCACCUGAACUCUAUAUCAGAGGCACUGAGAAGAGAAUUGUAAUAAAAGGACCACAGUGAAAGAUGGCCAGAGUUGUAGAUUUAGAUAAUUUGAGUUAUUUGUUUCAAGGACUAAGUUUCAUAAAUUUUUAUUAAACCAGUUCUUCCCCAGUAA